AAAGCCCAAAUGAGUCCAGCCCAGCCCAUCUGCUCUAUCUUGUUCGUCUUCGCCUCGUCGGCGUUCGUUUUCUUCUUUUCAUGCAGCGUAACAGAAACUCCAAGUGACCUGUCAGAGGGAGAGGGAGAUGGAUGAAACAGAACUAACCUGAGCAACCGAGAGGCGAGAGUGAAUGCGAAGCAGAGAAGCCUGAACUGUAGAAGAUAUGGGGUGGGAAUGGGCGAUUUACGAAGGAGUGGUGGUGUUUGGCUCCUUUUCCUUGCUAGGAUGGGCGGGACUCUGGUUCCUGAACCGAAGACUGUACAAAGAGUAUGAAGAGAAGAGGGUUCUGGUUCAGAUCCUUUUCAGCGUCGUCUUCGCCUUCUCCUGUAACCUCCUACAGCUCGUUCUCUUCGAGAUCAUACCAGUCCUCUCUAAAGAGGCAAGAUGGAUAAACUGGAAAGUUGAUUUGUUCUGCUUGAUAUUGUUGCUGGUGUUUAUAUUACCAUAUUACCACUGCUAUCUGAUGCUUUGUAACAGUGGUGUGAGGAAGGGGCGAGCUGCAUUGGGAGCAAUUCUAUUCUUAUCAGCAUUUCUCUAUGCUUUUUGGCGCAUGGGAAUUCACUUUCCAAUGCCUUCUCCUGAUAAAGGAUUCUUCACCAUGCCUCAGUUAGUCAGCAGGAUUGGAGUCAUUGGUGUGACUGUCAUGGCUGUGCUCUCUGGUUUUGGUGCUGUCAAUCUGCCAUAUAGUUAUUUGUCUCUCUUUAUCAGGGAGAUUGAGGAAACAGAAAUCAAAGCCUUAGAAAGACAAUUAAUGCAAUCAAUGGAAACUUGUAUAUCAAAGCAAAAGAAAAUCAUACUUUGUCAAAUGGAGAUGAAGCGUAUUCAAGGGUCAGAAGAGAAGCUAAAGGCUGGAUCUUUUCUAAAGCGUAUAGUUGGAACAGUUGUGCGUUCUGUGCAAGAGGACCAAAAAGAGCAGGAUAUUAAAAGCAUGGAAGCAGAGGUCCAAGCAUUAGAGGAGCUUUCAAAACAACUAUUCCUGGACAUCUAUGAGCUUUGUCAAGCCAAGGAAGCUGCUGCAUAUUCCCGAACCUGGAGAGGCCACUUACAGAACCUACUGGGUUAUGCCCUCUCUGUCUAUUGUGUCUAUAAGAUGAUAAAGUCUUUGCAGAGUGUUGUUUUCAAACAGGCUGGGUCUGUUGAUCCUGUGACAAUGAUGAUCAGCAUAUUAUUACAGUUCUUUGAUAUUGGCAUAGAUGCUGCACUAUUGUCUCAGUAUGUCUCUCUGUUAUUCAUUGGAAUGUUGAUUGUGAUUUCUGUCCGAGGCUUUUUAACAAAUCUAAUGAAGUUCUUUUUUGCAGUUUCCAGAGUUGGAAGUGGAUCAUCUACCAAUGUUGUACUUUUCCUCUCAGAAAUCAUGGGAAUGUAUUUUGUAUCUUCGAUCCUACUGAUAAGGAAAAGCUUAGCAACCGAAUACAGGAUGAUAAUCACAGACGUUUUAGGAGGAGACGUUCAAUUUGAUUUCUAUCAUAGGUGGUUUGAUGCGAUUUUUGUAGCUAGUGCUUUUCUGUCUCUUCUUCUACUUUCUGCACAUUACACGUCCCGCCAGGCGGACAAGCAUCCUAUUGAUUAAUUCAUUUACAUGUAAUAUUGAAAUAAUAGCUUCAGUAAAUAUAUGUGGAUUGUUGUCUCAAUCCAUAUUCUAUGCUUUCCUCAUUUUGUAAUCGUCGCCAUUCCUCUUUACCCUCCCCUCAAUUUGGAUGCCGUGUUAAC